GGCUUUGCACGUAUAGGUUUCUUGGUCAAGUUGCCUUUUUAAUGUCCUACAAUUCCACAUUUCUACUAGCUAAUCUGUUCAAUUCUAGAAAAUGCAAAUCAUUUGAUACUCUCAAGUCUCAGCAAACCAACCCCUCAGGCCCCAAAUUCAGCAUAUACUUCAGCUGUGCGCAAAAUUUCUCUGACUGAUGGACUCCCGCCACCGAAGAAAAGCAUCCUCUGAACGAUUCUUAACCACAUUCUCUCUCUCUCGUACUUCCACCGACGGCGGCGAUGAGCUAAACGAAGACGACGUUUUCUUCACUGGCGCUAAUUUCCACAAUCCACCUUCAACCUCCUCAACACCACCUCACUCUAUUCGCCACAAAAACCAUCACAAAUCAUUCAAUCUCGGUAUUCUCGCCGCCUUACCAGAAUCUACCGAUGCUCGUCGAUUAAUCUCUCCUACGUCGCCAUCUUCUUCGAGAAUGAUUCCGACGAUUCCGAGGAAGAUCUUCUCUACGCCGGCAAAUUACCAUCAGUCUGCUCCGAUGAAUAUUACGGUGAUGUCGGAAAAACAUCAUCGUAAAACGAGCGUUUUUGAUUGCGAUGAUGGAUUUGAUGUUGUUGUUGUUGUUGAUGAUGAUGAUGAUGGAGAGAUGUUGCCGCCUCAUGAGAUUGUGGCUAAGAAGAUGGCGGAUUCACCGAUGCUUUCUUCUUCUGUGCUUGAAGGUGUUGGUAGGACGUUGAAAGGUAGGGAUCUGCGUCAGGUACGAAACGCGGUGUUUCGUCAAACAGGUUUUAUUGAUUGACUAUUUACUUGUAUUAUGUUUACUUGAUUAUUGUUUAGAUCAGAUUUUGCGAUGUUUGGAGUUUGCUGAAUCAAAGCUUAGAAAUGCCUAAGUUGUCAAGUUUUUAGGUAUUUUUAGGUUGUUUUUGUGCUUUGCAAUGUUUCCAACCUUUCUGCUUCAAGUUAAUUCUUAUGUA